AUGCAUGCACCAUACCAGUCCGUGUACGAGGCCUGUCGUCGAAAGCUGCUGCACUCUACACCGCUGGCAAUGAAAAACUCGGUGAAAUGUCUCGAAGACCACGGUUUGCUGAAACAGAGUCGCGUUAAUACUAUGGAGUAUUUGGAGAUACCUCUGCCGGAAUCGAUCAUCAGGGCCGACAUACUCCGUGAAGAAAAAGCAGAUGACUGA